UCUGCCCCUCUGCAAUAAAGGCAGAUAGCGGACCAUGGGGAGCAGGGAAAAACUUUUUAUACUGACAUGUUAGCGCAAUGACUUUUCAGUAACAUCAAUCUGGGACGAGGCUCCCGGCGAGAGGAGGACAGGGCCCUGUACGGCAAGAGAAAAGGAGCACUUGCCAUCUGCCGGGGUACAGGAACGGAAAAGCAAGACGGCACAAGAGUUGAGACCAGUCCAAGAAUCAGCGGUGGAAAAUCCAGUUUUGCCUUUUGAAUUGAAAGAUGAGCUUGUUGUCUGCCAUAGACACGAGUGCCUCGGUGUACCAGCCUGCGCAACUUCUCAACUGGGUCUACCUCUCCUUGCAAGACCCCCACCAGACCAGCGCUUUUGACGCGUUCAGACCCGAACCCAACUCUUCCCACCCGGAUCUCAAUUUCAGCAAGACUCCCGCAGCGGCGGACUUGAGCUCUUCCCUGAACUCCAACUAUCUCAACAACUUCUUUCAGCUGCAGCGGAAUGAGGCCUUAAACAACAAUGUGUAUAAGAACGUGUCUCCCUAUGGCUCCCUGAACAACAUUGUGGAUGGACUCAACUCCCUGACAGACCAUUUCUCGGACCUCUCUCUUUCGUCAGAGCCUAGAAAACCCAACAAAAGGCCCCCACCGAACUACCUGUGCCACCUGUGCUUCAACAAAGGUCACUACAUCAAAGACUGCCCUCAGGCCAGGCCCAAAGGUGAAGGGUUGACACCCUAUCAGGGGAAGAAGAGAUGCUUCGGAGAGUACAAGUGCCCCAAAUGUAAGAGGAAGUGGAUGAGCGGCAACUCCUGGGCCAACAUGGGACAAGAAUGUAUCAAAUGCCACAUAAACGUCUACCCACACAAACAGCGCCCGUUGGAGAAACCAGAUGGCCUGGAUGUUUCUGAUCAGAGUAAGGAGCACCCGCAACACCUGUGCGAGAAAUGUAAAGUCCUGGGCUACUACUGCCGCCGUGUGCAAUAAUCAUCUGUAUCCAGAGCCAGAGAGCAACUUCUGUGUCCCAGGUUGUGUUGCUCAUCCUCCAUCAAGGCUGUUUACUUCCUCCUUUGCCGGAUUCACAUCAAGGUUUCCAACAGCUCUGAUCUGCACACAUCGGUGUCCCUGCCCCCCUCUGUCUCUCACAAACCUCAAACAUAGACUGUAGCUCUUAUCCUCCUACUUUCUGUCCCUCUUGGCAUCCACCAUCUGUUAUUAUUGCUCUUUUUUUCAGUGACAGUGUUGAAGAUAAUAUCCAGGAAUGAGAGGAACGCUUUACCUUAGGAUAAAUCUCUUGAAGUGCUCUUCAUCAGAAGCGAAAAACUUGCCAAAAUCAGUGACUUUUUUCUUAUGUCAUGUGCAUCCGAAAUCACGUAACACCACUGAUCUACGUCGAUGUAUAACAUUGAAUUAGCAGCAGACAUGCAUUUCAGUGGUGUCACUGAAAGUAUUGGUCUCAAUAGAUUACCUCACUUUGGGGUUUGUUGGCUUUGUGUUUACAGAGAUCUGCCUUCCAUUUCCCUGCCAUGUGGAGUGUGUGUGUGUGGUAAUGUGACGAACGUUUAACCGGGGGUCUCUCAUGAUGGUGAUGUGUAUGCAAAGCCUGUGAUGUCUUGCCAUAUUAGGGUCAUCUUAUUAACUGUGAAUUAACUGAGGGACAAUGUGCCAUACAUCCCUAGCUUACAUUUGGCCUAUUUAUUUUCUUGUGGUCUAGUGUGCAAUUUGAAUUUUAACUGGGACAUAAAGAAAUGUUGUUUUGUAUGUUUGUUUAUCACAUUAUUGUUACUGCUUCCAUGUGUCUGUAGAUACUACUGUAGGUUCAGUUGCAUAGGUUUGCUCUAAGUCUAGAUUUAGUGUGUCGCUAACAGGUAAGAUUUCAUGCACUCCCUCAUAGUAUUUUUGUUCUCAACUAUCUUUAGUGCUAGAAAGGAUAGGUUUAGAUGUUACAUAGGUAGGUUGUGUUCACUUCAAAUCACAGGAAGUUUAUCUAUGCAGUCAAAUACACAGAAUUUUGGAAAUAAACUGUGUAUGUAGCCAUUAGUUAGCUUUGUCAAACAUUAUUUUAAAGGUUACAUUGUUCACAUGUAAGGCUAACAUUACAAAAUAGUAAAAAACAAACCGUAUUCUUCUUUGAAAGAGACUCAGAGAGAUAUGAGUUCACGUUUUAGCGCCAAAUGAUGCCUUGCUGCCGUAGCAGAAUCAGUGUACAUAAUUGGUUACAUUUCAAAGGGCUUGCACCCUCUAAAACUAAAAAUGUCCGACAGCUGACAGCAGUGCAAAGAGUGUCAAGAAGGAGGUGAAGUGUUUGAGAACUGCAGUGAUUUUCAGGUUGGAUGAGAGAGCCUGUAGGCUUUUAUGUACAGAAAAACAGGCAGUUUUAAAGGUGAAGCUGAAAAAUCAAGGAUAUAUUGAAAGUGAUGAUGUUUAUACUGAAGUGUAUAUGCAUUUUAUAAAUAUAAGUGCCUACAGUUUUAAACCGAUGUCUUUAAAGGAAGAGUAGUACACGUCCUGUUUACAUAAAUCAUGUGCACACCCAGAGCACUACAGAGGAAUUAUAUAUCGUUUUUACAUACAGGCGCCUGCCUUCUUAGGAACAUUUUAAAAGGAAUCGUGAACUAUUUUAUAUGUACUGUAUCUCUAGCCUUAUAAAAGCUGGUUGACUGUAUUUCACAACUGUUACGUAAUGUAUGUGCCUUAAAAAGAUUUGAAUCAUUCUAAACAUGUCAGGACUUGGAGGUCUUUUGAAAUCGGGAAAAGAAAAGUAGGGACAGGCUCAGAGUCGGAGCAGUAUAUGUGCAUGUUGUAAAUGUAAUGCAUAGUAAGUUUGACGCAGGUUCAAGAUGUAACAGAAAGGUCAAGAAAAUGAUGCAGUUUCUCUACAAGCAGCGUGAACUGUCAUGGUGGGUGUCCGCUUUGAUGCAGUUUGCUGAGUUGGAGGCACAGGCUGAAUGAAACAGCAUUUCCAGCUGGCAAUAACAAUCCAACUGUGGUCUGUUGUCAUGGAAUAUCAACAAAGAUGUUAUUUCUCAGACGGUCCUUAAAACAGAAAGGAGUCGCACAUGAGUCUGUGGGCCUCACUUUUUGUCUUCUUUAUAAAUCUAUUGUAGCAAUGUUUAUCUGAGGGUGUGUAAGAAGAUAUACACAGGCACCUUCCUUAGUGGGAGAGUUUGCAGUUGCUGAUAAUGGUACAUUAAGGGUUUGGGGAAAAUUUUGCCUUAGUUCAUCUGGAAAGUUAAAGGGGCAUUCCCAUGAUUCAGUUCAUUAAACUUGGGAGGCUUACAAGAGUUAAUAAAAACAGUCACAAUGAAAGCAAGCAGAGGCUGAGAACUUCGAACUUAGUCUCUUGUAUGGCUUCAACUCCUGAAAAAACAUAGUCCUACGUUUCCCAUAAUGCAACUCGUCAGUAGACUUAACGCCAAGAUCUUUGAAGCUCCAACCUCCGAGAUUGUAACACAAGCUAAAUGUUACUCCAAGCCUGAGCAGAAAUUACCAUGACAACUUGAUAACGACAUCACCACUGAUUCGACAAAGCAACAACAGAGAUAGAGAAGAAGUUAAAUGGCUGUUUUAACAGUGCAAGUCGUACGCUCCAAAUUUGAGUAAAAUUGUCGAAGUGCUCCUUUAAAAGCAAGAAUUAGAAGUUGUGUAUCUAAAUUACUAAAAGUGUAAGAACUUCCCCGAGUGAGAGUUCACCCUAUCAGCCUGCCACUGUUGGGAACAAAAACAACAAACUUGCUAUUAACAUCUUCUUUCUUUUGUGUGACGCCACUAACCUUACAAGUCUUCACAUUUAAACCUUACAGUCCACUUCAUACCGUGUGGCAGUAGUGAGAGGAAUAGAUACCAAUGAUGCCUUUACAGACUAACCUCAUGAACAUGUGAUGAUAUUUUAAUUCAGCGUUCUGGCAGAACAGAAAUGAGAAACCCAGUUAGAGAGUCUGAUUCCUCUGAGAGACGCAGAGGCCAUUUUAAAUGGAAGAGCCAAUGGAAGCAGUUGAUGUAGUACAAUUGCAAAAAAAAAGAAAAGAAAUCUCUGCUUUCAGACAUAAUGUCUUGAAUUACACAUACUUGACUUUUCUAGUACCUUUUCAGCUCAAAUUUGUGAUUUUCUAUGAAUGAGAUGUGUAUUUUGGAACACUAAUAGAUGUUGAAAGUUUUAAAGCAAUCUGCGAAAACUCAAGAGUUAUUUCCCUGACAAAGAAAGACUGUUUUAUGUAUAUAUUUGAUGGCCAUCAUUUUCAAGGAUAGUAGCUCUUUAUAAGUGUUAUGCAAUAUUGAAGCUUUUUUUUGUGUGUGUGAAGAAGGGCCUGUUGCUGAGAAUUAAACAAAGCUGGGAGGUUUUUUUUUCAUUGUGUUUUACAAGAAUCUGAGGGGAUAUCCUGCAGAAAUAUUUAUGGAAAGAUUUUUUACAACACUUUUUUUGUAUAGAAUAUGCAACAAAGUUACACUAAGAAGGAAAUAUUGAUGUCUACAUAGAAUAUUAUAAAGAAAAAAAAAGCUGGUACAUAAUUAAUACCCUUUCUCAAUUAUAAGCCAUUGUAUUUUUGUGUUUUGUUUUAUGAUGCUAUCAGUGUUGAUCAAACUGCUAUGUUAUCCAGUUGCUUCAUGUAACUAAUUAUGAGCUGCCAUUUACAUCCAUACAGUCCUAUGUAUUCAUUUUGUAAACAGUAGUCUGAAGAUCAAUUGUGUUAACAUGCAGAAAUCUUUUUCUUCUUCUUGAUAAGUGAUGGAUCCUCACCACUGUAUGAGCACGUUAAACUGUGAGAUGUAGUUUGCUUAAAGCAGCAAUGACAAGAAUCUAUUAUAAAAUGUCAUAGUGUUAUUCGUAGUUUAGAGAGUGUAUACUUCUGUUAAGAAAGCGUGUGUGACAAAGAACUGUCUUAGAGUUUGCAUGUGCAUGUGUUUGAUUUGGAAUGAACUAUUACUUUGUGCAAUGUAUACUUAUUUAAAUACUUUACAGUAGUUUGCUACAGUACAUAUUGUUUCUAACAUGAUCAGCAACUUCUGAUUGUUAUUAGUCCUGAAGUAUUUCAUUUACCGCUAGCGUAGCCUUGAUGAAUAAUACAUAUUUACUGAAUGUAAUGUGUUAACACUUAUGUGGUCAAUUUGGAGAGUUUUUGUUUGUAUUCUUUACUGUUUGUAUCACUCGAGAUGUUUGUUAUGCAAUAUUGCAAUAAUGUAAUAUUUGAAUUGGACUGAACACAGGCGUGAGGUAGGGAAGACGAUGAUUUUGGGAAAACAAGGACAGUCGUGGUUUCGAGGGUAGACCACAGGUCUGUUUUUCAUGUCCAUGAAAUGGCAUUCCAAAAUGUGCCUUAUUUGUUAGUUGGGAAAACAUUUUAGUGCUGUCAAGUUUGAUGAAUAAAAGUCAUAUUGAAUUAGGA